GGGAACGUACAACGUAGGCUGUUACCCAAGAAGCCGUCAGCUUUUCGUAAACAUUUGAAAAUAGUCAGAAGCAGUGAAGUUGGGUCUUAAUUUGGUAGCUAGUUGGCUAAGAUAGCUAUUAGAUUUCCUUUUGCCUCCGAGUUUUUGGGAAGAGUUUACUCCGUACUCGCUAGCCGUCUUCUGCAUGAGUGAAGGAUGGAGUUGGCCAGCUGUGAUCCACGUGAGCUGCCCUGCAGUGGGAUAGAGAUGGACUGCUAAAAGUCUGGGACCCUUACGAAGCGUGACUCCGCCCCUCUCACUGUGACUCCGCCCUCCACUGACACCCACCUGACCUUGCACCGGAGAUGGACGAGCCGGCCAGCUGCCCGAACGUCAGCAUUCCCUGCCACAAUGAACAGAGAGACAAGAAGAAACGCUACACUGUUUACAAAGUGAUGGUCAGUGUUGGAAGACAUGAGUGGUUUGUCUUCAGGAGAUACACAGAAUUCGAUAAACUCCACAACGCUUUGCGGAAGCAGUUCCCUUCUUUAAACUUGAAGAUCCCGGCCAAGAGGAUAUUCGGGGACAACUUUGACCCAGAGUUUAUAAAGCAGAGGCGAACAGGUCUGCAUGAAUUCAUCCAGCGAAUAGUCUCCCACCCUCAGCUCAGCAACCAUCCCGAUGUCCGAGCCUUCCUCCAGAUGGACAAACCGAAAAACUUCUCCGACGCCUCUGAGGAUGAAGAUGACAAGAACAGCCCCACCUCCAGGGACAUUAAUCUGGGACCGUCUGGAAACCCUCAUGCCAAGCCGACAGACUUCGACUUUCUGAAAGUCAUCGGAAAGGGGAGCUUUGGCAAGGUUCUCCUGGCCAAACGCAAGCUGGACGGAAAGUACUACGCCAUCAAGGUCUUACAGAAGAGAGUGAUCUUGAACAGGAGAGAGCAAAAGCACAUCAUGGCGGAGCGAAAUGUGCUGCUGAAGAAUGUACAGCACCCUUUCCUGGUGGGGCUCCACUACUCCUUCCAGACUGCAGAUAAGCUGUACUUUGUGCUGGAUUUCAUCAAUGGGGGAGAGCUCUUCUUCCACCUCCAGAGAGAGCGCACUUUUCCGGAACCCCGGGCCAAGUUCUAUAUCGCGGAAAUGGCGAGCGCUCUGGGCUACCUGCACGCGCUGAACAUUGUCUACAGGGAUUUGAAACCAGAAAAUAUUCUUCUGGACUUCCAAGGACACGUUGUGUUAACGGACUUUGGGUUGUGCAAAGAGGGCAUUUCUCGAGAUGAGACCACAACUACCUUUUGUGGAACACCAGAGUACCUCGCUCCAGAGGUCCUGAGGAAGCAGCCGUACGACAGCACGGUGGACUGGUGGUGUUUGGGAUCUGUGCUUUACGAGAUGCUCUACGGCCUGCCUCCGUUCUACAGCAGGGACACCCAGGAGAUGUACGAUAACAUCCUGCACAAGACGCUGUCGCUGCGGCCGGGGAUCUCCAGCGCCGCCUGGGCCCUCCUGCAGGGUCUGCUGGAGAAGGACCGCAGCGAGAGGCUGGGCGCCCGCGAGGACUUUAGUGAGAUCAAAACACACUGCUUCUUCUCCUCCAUCAACUGGGAUGACCUGGAGCAGAAGAAGAUCCCUCCGCCGUUUAACCCUAACGUGAACUCACCGCAUGACAUCACAAACUUCGACCCGGAAUUCACGGACGAGAUGGUUCCGAACUCGGUGUGCUUCUCCAGCGAGCAUUCCAUAGUCAACGCCAGCGUUCUGGAGGCCGACGACGCUUUCCUGGGGUUCUCCUACGCCCCGCCCUCUGACGACUCCUUCCUGUAAAACACCCAGACGCCUGGAGACAACUUGAAAAACGUCCACCUCACACCUGUGCGAAAUCUCAGCGGAGGCUUUGAGAUGUGCCUUAUCAGGUGCCUUGUGAAAUUGCCUGAGCAAAAAGGGAAGAAUUCCUUUUCUGUACGUUGGGUGCACCCAUCCUAACAACAGAGAAAAAAAAAGAGCUAUUGUAAAACAGAGAGCACUUAUAAAUAGUUUGGACAGCGGGCUGUGUUAGAACAUCUUUUUUUUAGAAAUCAAACUAUAUUAAUAUAAAGAUUAUAUAUUCCUAAAAAAUGUACUUACUUACCCUGGAAUAAAUAGUCAAGUAUAUACCCCAUGCUGUUGUUGUGAAGGCGUGGCGUAGGAAAAAAAAACACACUCUCUCACCCCCCCUGUUCUUUUCUGUCUACUGUAUUACAAACAGGAAGUGAAGAUAUGGUCACAGGAAUGUGUAUUUACUUUAAACUUUAAUUAUGGAAAAGUAGAAGACAGAAAACAACUGUAUGCAUAAACUAUAGAAAAUGUAAGAAAAUACAUAGAUGGAUAAGUAAGAUCAAAGCCCUACUUAUGGUGAUAUCAUGUUUCGUAAUAAUAUACAUAUUGCUUUCUCCUCCUGACCAAAGACCUCACUAAGCCAUGCAGUGGCCAACAUGGAUUACGUCUCUAAAACAUGAAAAAAUGUAAAGUUAGUGCCUGUGUACCUCAGUGUGAAUGCAUUCAGAUUCUGAGCCAGGUGAAGGACUGUGACAUAUAUAGUAUUACUCACUGUCUGCCACACUUCUGAGUAACAGAAAUAAAGCUUUUUUUUUUUUGAAAGGCACCUUUUCUUGUUCUUGGGAAAAAUCUAUCACUAGUUCUCAUUAGUUAUCAUUUUAUUUGGAGCUUGAAGUUGAUUUUACGUUUUCCAAGAAAAAGUCUAGGUGCCCUUCAGGAGACAUAAACUGGAAAAAUCAUGCUGCCCCUUUUCAAAAUUGAUAUACUUCUAUUUAAUAAUUUCUACAGUUUAUGCAGCUGGCUGUUUACCUAGUGAGUGUUUCUGAUCAUGUCGUUGUAGCAUUGUGGCCGUCACCUGCGUGUCCUCACUGGUGUGAAGCUAACCUACAGUGUGUGCCAGUUACCUGAGAAGUGGUACCUGUACCAUGGUUUAAAAUGUGUCUGUACCUUUGGCACCAUCGUGGUAUUGUUGGUGCUACUGAUUAAACCUUUUUGUUUACAAUGUGUAGAGAUUCACAGUAAUAUUAAACGUGUUA